CCUUAACCAUUCUAUACGCUAGUGCUGUUGUGGGCGCCUCUCCUUACGCCUAAAGUAGUCCAGUCAGGUUCCUUGCAGAAGUUUCCUUGGCAUCCACGUCAUUUAUUUUUCGAAAGAAAGGGGACGCUUCUGAACUUCACCACUCGGUUUCUAAAAGCUUCUGUGAUGCAAGCACCGGAGCAACGGAAUGGGCUUUGCCCCGUUGCCGUUGCUGCUAUUGGCAAAGUCCAGGUCGCUCUACAAAAGUUUGUGCCGACGCAGUCGUCUCUCCCGGACAUGGCCGAGUGGCUUGCCGACGGAGGCUUUCUGGUCACCUUGCGUACUGGGCUAAGCGUUGGAACAGAAUGUACCGACUACCUAUCAAUCCUUCGACACUCGUAUCUUAUUUGCCAGGAGGGUUCGUCGGGUCUCUGCAUCAUAGUUGAUCCAGCUUUUCGGGAGCAGUUUACGGUGGCAGGCAUGCCCUCUACAAGUUCCUACGCUGUGGCCGUUAGCAACCUUCCGGAGUGUUUCAUUGGCACAAUCGGCACCGUUAGCGCGCUGGUUAGCUUGUUAACGGGCACGCUACACAAGGACGCUGGGGCCAUCGGACUGGAACUACCUCCAUGGCGCAGCAAGCAGGCGCUGUUAAGCAAGUGGCUGCCCCGGCGCUUCUCGGAUUCCGUGUUUGCUCCUCCAUCGCAAGCGGCCUUGCACCCAGCGCUGCGGAGCAGCGUGCACGGCCUACGCUCCAACUCUCCAGUUUCAGUCAACAGCUUUUCUUCAUCGCAAUGCUGCGUCCAGGGCGGUUGCACGUCUUCAAAGGCGUCUUUCGGAGCAUGCAGCAACGCCAGCUGCAACACCUCUGCAUCCUUGCAUUCCGAGCCACAAACGGUAAUCCGGGGCUUUCGUGAACCGUCCUUUAACACAAUUCAAAACCGGAGCGGCAACGGAUCCAGCUGUUGUACGACAACACGUUCCGCCCUUUCUCUCCAGCUGGCUGCCGCCACCGAAGCAUCUCGAAGCGUUCAGCUUCAAGCCCAAGCGCUGUGGGAACGGUGUCUCUUGGUUGCGGAGAAUGGGUUGCAGCCACAACCGCAAUCUCAACCGCAGCCACAACUGCAACCGCAGCGGCAACCGCCACCUCUACAACCGCUACCAGUAAUCGCUGCCGGGCCACAUCCCUGCCAUAGCGGAGGAUCCCAGCAAAGCCAGCAAACUCUCCUUUCGCACCCCAAACCGGAGCUGCAACCAGCAGCUCCUUGCUUUGAUGUGCAAGACAGCGCGCCUGACCAGGCAAGCGGGACAGCGCAGCAAGGGGAUGGGCUUGUGGUCUCGUCCGCCUUCAAGCGCAGCAAUAGUGCUGCCAGCCUUAAGCUGCGCGGGAAUGGCAACAGUCUGAAGCUCCAGUCGACGACACGAAAGAUGUUGCCUCGCAUACAUACCGUCAAGUUGGCUGCGGUGGCUGCUUGUUGAUUGAUUUGCCCGCAUUCAGCCCCUUUAGUAUGCAACAUGGUGUUGAAAUUGAUGACCGGGAAGGAUUUGAUAGGACGUUUUGUAUGUUGUACGGCACAGGUGAUGAUGCCUUAGCUGCUGCUGUUGGCGUGUUGUUCAAAGCUGCUGAGGUUUCUUGCUUGUGAUGGAAACACCGUCAGUUUUAAUCACUGAAAUGAAGAGCACGUUUGAAACUGAAACUGAAUAUGUUGGGAGGCCAAGCAAUGUUCGUUGGGAACUUUUCUGUGGGCAACGGUAGUGCUUGCCUCAUGCGAAGUCGUGCUUUACAGGAACACAUCUCCACAGAAGGGAUAUUUAAGGCACUAGCAGAAAGGAAGUAGACGCAGGGUUCGGCCAGGAAGGAUGGGGAAUGCACGCCGUAGGAGUGUAUUAGGCCGCGCAUUUGAACUGGUUAUAGCUGUCGAUCGAGAUGGAAAUGCAGUGGCGGUCAUAGGAAUGUGCGCAUUUGAGCAUGUCUUGAUCCAAUUAAUGAUGAGAAUAGAUGUGCUACCCUCACAGGUCCUUAAUAGUGCCUUGUAGGGGGCCCAACAUGUUCGAGUGGGUAUGGAUUUUACACAGGCGGAUAGGUUUGGAACGCAAACAAAUGUUGCUGGUCAUAUCCAUGCGAACCCUCAUAAUUCGGAUUUGUGCGUGCGUGUGGCGUGUCAUGGCUGCGUGCGCAUGGCAUGGGGAGCUUUCUUAUUACCUCCCCAUGUCGCGUGAAUAUAAGGCGCUUUUGUGUUGGUGUGCGAAGCAGAUAUUUCUGGCCAUCAUAUAUGAACGCAUCAUAAGGGAAGGCGGCAUGUUUCCUUCCGUUUGGCACCAUCUCCCACACUUUCUCGCAGCAUGAUGUUGGAUAGGAUUUCCCAAGGAAUCCCACUAGCAUCCCUCAUGUUCCCGAAGAAAGAAAAUGGCGCCGACGAAGUUGUGGCCCUUGGUUUCUGUUUUUUUGGCUUGUCACAAGAAGCAUCCAGCCACCUAAAUGGUGUGCAAUAAUUUUGGAGCGGCGGGCUGUGGGCUGUGGCUUAACCGUAGGCCGUCAAUAUGAGCUAAGAUAGAUGUACUGGUGUCCUUAACCUUCAAUUAUGAAUGCGGGCGUGCCGCUUACGGUGUUGCAGGGGCUGUCCGGUGACACCGUACGGUAUCUGUGUGCAAGGACGGACGAAGGGAGAAACGGCAUGGCUGGGCCGCCUUCGUACUUGUUAUCAUGCUGCGGCCGACUCGGGAAUCCUCUGGAGGUCCUUGUUCCAGGUCAGUUUACCGGUAAUGAGUAUUAGACCCGUACUAGCAAUUGAAAUUUUGUCUUCUCCAAGUAAGGGAUUGAACAAUAACGUAUACGCAAUUUCUGGGUGUGUACGGACCUGUCGUGAUUUCGUGUUUACGACAGCCAGUUUGGUUACUAAUGGCGACGUGGCAGAACCUGGCGUACACGG